CUCCUCAAAAAGUAAACAAUAAUAAUGAAAGAAAUUUUCUAUAAUAAUUGAAAAGAAUGAUUAACAGCAAAGAAGAAUUAGUUUAUCUUCUAUCUAAGCUUGAUGAGGAUGCCGUUUAUGCUUUGGAAAAGACUGUGACGCAAGCAUUAAAGAAAAGCAACAGUGCAAAAGAUGCCAUUGAAAAUAUAAUCAAAUACUCGCCGGACUACAUAAGUAUAUUAAGAAGAAAAGCCCUCAAAAGAGAAUUGUUGUUUAGUUAUUUAGAAGAACGAAAUGUUGCGGUCAGAUUGCCGGUGACCAAAAACGAAUUAAUUGACGUUAUAGCAAACCUCUGGAAAAUACCAAAUACCAGUAUUCAAAACGAAGAAAACACUGUUGCAACAAAACCUGAAAAAACCAAUGUUGAUUUGAUGGCCGAACAAUUUGCAAAAUGGUUUUAUUCAAUGCUUAAUGACAAUCAAUGUGGAGCUGAACAUUUUUUUCCUGAUGCUAAAUUCAAACUAAAUAUGCACAAAAACGGUAAUUGCGAUACAAAGGAAAUCAACAAUGACCCAGAAGAAAUAACAAAAACCUUAAAAAACAUUAAAAUCCAAUACAACAUACAUUUUAAACCAAAUGAGACAAAGGAAGGCAUCCAAGGCAGAAUGGACCCACACGGACUAGUUUUAGUUUUAUCCUGUGGCACUCUUUACAUUAAUAAUACAAUUGCUGGAGUAUUUGAGCAAGUAUUUGGCUUAGCAAGAGACCCUUUGAGCGACGAUAACUGGAAAAUUGCCAACAGUGAAUUAAAUUUAAGAGCCAGAAGCGACAUUGAAACACCCAAAUUGUGCGACAGUCAAUUAACUAGGGGAUUAUUAAUGUUGCCUUCUGAAUAAAUUAAGAAAUCUGCAGUUAUUAUUAUUAAAAAAAAAAUCCUUAUUCUAAUAAAUUAUUACAAAUUAAUCUGCAUCUUCAAAUUCUUCUUCGUCGUUACCAUUUUCUGUAUUAUUAUAAUUAAUGUUAACUGAGAUUUCUUCCAUUCUUCUGGAAAUAUCUAUAGCAGCUAAAAUGCAAUUAUUUGUACAGGGGAAGAUUACUGGAUCGAAUAUUCUAACCUGUAUCACCUCCAGCACCUCUACCACCAUCAUCCCCGUGAUCUUCUUCAGCAUCCUCAUACAAAUAAUCAUCAUCUUCAUCCAUAUCAUCAGGAUCUGGAUUUUUCUCUUGGCAUAUUUUAAUCGCCUCAUAAAUACCGUUUAAAUUUUCACUGGUUUCUUCAGUUGGUACUAGAAUUAUUUCGCUUAUUUCAGUUUCUGAUUCAGCAUCGUCGCUGUCCUCUUCAAUGUGAGACUCAUCUCCUGGCAUGGUAAUAUAACCAUCAACCAUUAUGUAGACACAUUGAGUGGGAUAGAUUGUUUCGUCUUUGGAAAUUGCGUGCAAAGUUACAUCUGGGUAACCGAUUGAAAAGCCUGCAUCGUCUUUUUCUUGCCAGCAUAGUGU